AUGGUAGUAGGAAAAAUGAAAACUUUGUCGUUAAUUCUUCCACCAGCCCUCAUAGUCUUUGUCUCCUGCUUGGAACCAGUACCAAAUUUUAUUGGAAGAUGUGAUAUAAACCUUCCGAGUUUCAACCAGUGUCUAUCAGAUGCCAUUGAACGUGCCAUCAUACAGAUGAAAGAGCCAAUACCCGACUACGAUCUCCCAGUAAUCGAUCCUUUCAAGCCAGGACAUACUGCCGCAUAUGGAAACUCGAAAACCGGUCUUCGACAAACCUAUAGCAACGCUGAAAUUUUUGGAUUUACGAACAUCAAUUCGACUAACGCUACAUUCAGUCCUGCGUCGGAAAUUUUGGCUAUAAAUGUUACUUUCAAUGAUAUUGUUGCAACGUUUGAUUAUAGACUACGUGGCAGGUUUGUCACCAUCCCUGUGGACGUGCUAAGUCGAAAUAGUAGUGUUCAUUUAGUUGAACCAACAUUUCAACUAAUAUUCUACUUGCAAGAAGUUCGAAGAAAUGGUACCGUGUAUUUUAGAGCGGUCAACAGUACGUUGAAGAUGGUACCGAAGGAAGCUAUAUUUAAUUACACGGGGAUAUUUGAUAACCAAUUCGAGAAUGAUGCUCUAAACGCCAGAGUUAACCAAAAUGGAAACGAAGCUGUCGACUACCUGCAAGGACUAUUUCCGAAUUAUUUUACGGUGGAUUUUCUAAAGUGGUUUAAUAACGUUUUAGAAGAAGUACCAGCGAAGAGCUUUUUUGUUUAA